AUGGGGGUGGGGUAUCUGCACGUGGUGGAGUCGAGAGUGGUGAAUACUGUGGACGUUGAGAAGAAGGAGGGCAUCGAGUUUGCGCUGGAGGCGUGGGGCAAGGACAAGCCGGUGCUGGUGGCUGGCGGGUUCAAUGCGGAGUCGACGAAGAGGGCGGUGGAUGAGGAGUACAAGGAUUGGAAUGUCGGUGUUGUGUUCGGCAGGUACUUCCUGUCGACGCCGGAUCUGGUGUACAGGUUGCAGAACGGGCUUGAGCCGAACCCGUACGAUCGGUCGACCUUCUACACGCCGAUGCAAGAGAAAGGCUACUUGGACUACCCAUUUAGCGAGGAGUUCGAGAAGUCCAAGGUUGGGGCUUGA